GAGAGAGAGAGAGAGAGAGAGAGAGAGAGAGAGAGAGAGAGAGAGAGAGAGAGUGUAAGAAAUAACAUAGGUAAUAUUUAUUGUCGUAGAAAGAUAUCUUUUUAUUUUCUUGUAUUAUUCUUUAAACGUAUAAGGGUGAGGUAGCAAAAGGGUUAAUAGGAUGAAGUCGGAAAGUAAUAACGGAUACAUCAGGGCUAAUGUUAUCCCGGAACAAAAUGAACCCACGUCUCCCAUGGGACAAGACGUUUCACUAACCGGAAGUCCACUUCAGGUUACCUAUGGGCCAAGAGGUGGUACAACAGUGACAAGCGUUCUUCAUCCAACGAAUACGAGAAGACAGGUUGUUGGAAUAACACGAGCCACUUCGAUAACAAGAAGACGAAGUGGGGCUCCUGCUAGGCAACAAAUGUUAGGCAUAUUGGCUGGCACAUUGCUCGGCAUUUCUCUAUUAACUCUACUUGUCUUGGUAUUGAAUACAACGCGGGAAUGCGUCCAAGAGCCACGUCCGAACGUGUGCAUGUCCGAAGAAUGCGUGAGAACCGCCGCAAGUUUGCUCUCAGCGAUGGAUCAGACUGUUGCACCCUGUGUUAACUUUUUUCAAUACGCAUGCGGUGCUUGGAAUCGUUUGCACGUGAUACCAGAAGAUAGAAGUUCCAUCAGUACCUUUGAAGUACUAGCUGAUCAACUCCAGAUCAUUCUGAAACGUGUCCUCGAGGAAUCACCGAACGAGAACGACAAUCAUGCAACUCUAAAGGCCAAAAUGUUCUACAAAUCGUGCAUGGACAUCCCGCGCAUACGAGAGAUCGGUGACAGACCUUUGAAGGAAACAUUGACAGCACUUGGUGGUUGGCCAGCAGUUAUCGGAGCAUCUUGGGAGCCACCACCUUAUCCAAUCGAGGUUCUCUUGGGUCGUCUACGUGGUGAAUACAACGAGGGCGUUCUAAUGGAGCAAUGGGUUGGCCCAGACGACAAGAAUUCCUCAACCAACAUCCUGCAGCUGGAUCAAAUGCAGCUGGCAUUACCCAGUCGUGAUUAUUAUCUGAAGAAGAACAGCGAGGCUGAAUUGGAUGCUUAUCAUCGUUAUAUGACCAACGUGGCUGUUUUGCUUGGCGCCAAUCGUGAAAAUGCAGCACUCGAGUUUAAUCGCGUGAUCGCCCUUGAAAAACAACUUGCCAAUGCUUCGUUGCCCGAGGCCGACAGGCAUGAUACCUCAAUGAUCUAUAGAAAGUUAACGUUGCGGGAACUACAGGAAGAGGUGCCGCAACUUAAAUGGAAAGUUUAUCUCGAGGAAUUCAUAAGCGCACCGAUUACCGAGGACGAGCCACUAGUGGCAUACGCGAUGCCCUAUUUCCUUCAAAUGGGUCGUAUCGUACAGAAAACCGAUCGCAGGACGUUGCACAAUUAUAUAUUAUGGCGAUUGGUGAUGUCCAUAAUGCCGCAUAUGAUAGACGAGUAUCAGCAAAAGAGAAUUGAGUUUCGUAAGAUAUUAUCAGGAAUACUAAGCGAGAGAAAUAGAUGGUCCCAAUGCGUCGAAUGGACCAAUAAAAAUCUUGGAAUGGCUGUGGGUGCACUUUUCAUACGUGACAAUUUUAAUCAAGAGAGCAAGGAAACAGCAUUGGAAAUGAUACGAACUAUACGCGAAGCAUUUAAUGAAUUGCUAGCUGAGAAUCAAUGGAUGGACGAUGAAACCAGGACCGUUGCCAAAGGAAAAGCUGAUUCAAUGAAUGAGAGAAUCGGUUAUCCAGAAUUUUUGAAGGAUCCGGUCAAACUUUCCUUCGAAUACGUGACGUUGAACAUAACGGAGGAUCAUUUUUUGGAAAAUGUUUUGGCGGUACAUAAAUACGACGCAUAUCACAAUCUUCAAGAAUUACGUCAACCGGUUGAUAAGGAUAAAUGGUCCACGGAGCCAGCCGUGUUAAAUGCGUUUUAUAAUCCAAAUAAAAACGACAUAGUAUUUCCCGCUGGUAUACUGCAACCGCUUUUCUACUCUCAGCACUUUCCUAAAUCAUUGAAUUACGGUGGAAUCGGUGUUGUGAUUGGUCAUGAAAUAACUCAUGGAUUCGAUGACAAGGGACGACAAUUUGACAAGGAUGGCAAUAUGAUGCAGUGGUGGAAUAAUGCUACCAUUAAAGCAUUUCGAGAGAGAGCACAGUGUAUCGUAGAUCAGUACUCCCGUUACAAAUUACAAGAAGUUGAUCUUUACAUAAAUGGCCGAAUGACACAAGGUGAAAAUAUCGCUGAUAAUGGUGGAUUAAAACAAUCGUUUCGUGCUUACAAAAAGUGGGUCUCUAUACACGGAGAGGAACCAUUGUUACCUGGCGUGAAUUUAACUCACGAUCAACUCUUCUUCCUUAAUUAUGCACAAAUUUGGUGUGGCUCGAUGAGACGAGAGGAUGCAUUAACGAAAAUACGCAGUAGCGUACAUUCACCGGGUCCGGUGAGAGUGUUGGGCCCGCUUUCAAAUAGCGAGGACUUCGCCAAGGCCUAUAAUUGUCGACCAGGCUCACCGAUGAAUCCAACGCGUAAAUGUAGCGUCUGGUAAAAAUGUUGAUUAAGAAUUAUCAAAAGAAAAGAAAAGAAAGAAAAAAAAAAAAAGUAACAAAAAAAGAAAAGUAAAGAAAAAGAAAGAAGAAUAAAAAGAUUUUUUUCGAAAGAUCUUCUGAUCCAUUCGAAGGAUUUAUAAAAUAGAUAAAUACUUCAUGAGGAUACAGAGGAACGAGGUUCUCCUUGAUGUCAUUGUAGUACAUCCAAUAUGGAAUCCAUCUUUCGUGGUAGCCAUUUUGUCGGCCGCCAUUAAACGCGCAUAUCGAACUUUACACUUUUUUUCAUGAAAAUAAUGCAAUAAUAUAAACAAAGUCGAAGGAAAAAAAAGAAAAUAUUUCAUUAAUAAUAAUGAUAAUAAUAAUGAUAAUAUUAAAUUAAUAAUAAUGUUGAUAAUAAUAAUAAUAAUAAUAAUAAUAAUAAUAAUAAUACAGAAAUUAUUAAAAUUCAUGAUCGUAUUGGAUAUACUGCGAUAUAUCAUGUGAAUGGUAUAUAUAUAUAUAUAUAUAUAUAUAUAUACCUUAGACUUAUAGACAUAUACAUACCUAUAUAUGACUCUAAUGUAAGACCUAACGGAGUUGUUCAAGUAUCUCGUUCAAAUGGUAUCAUCAUAUCAACGAUAUCGUAAUUUAAAAACAUAAUUAAAUAAUUAUCACAAAUUAUCGAACGACUAUAGUUAUUUGGAUAGCUCCGCCAUAGGGGAAGAAAAAGUACAGCAGUAUGUAUGUAUAUAUUCGAAGUAUGCAAGUAUGUAUGUAUGUAACGUAUGUAUGUAUCGUAUGUAUGUAUCGUAUGUAUUAUAUGUAUUGUAUGUACGUAAGUAUGUCCUAAACAAAAUAUAGAGAAACUUAUAUAUAUAUACUUAUUUCUGCUUGAGAAAUUAAGUAAUUAAGUACGUAUGAGGGAAUUACAAAAAAAAUAUAUAUAUGUAUGUAUGUAUGUAUGUAUGAUGUAUGUAUGUAUGUAUGUAUGUAUGUAUGUAUACCUAGAAAAUUUCACAACGAGAUUCAAGUAGAAUUUCGUCUGUUGAACUUUUUCCCAUUAUAAUGGGAAUAAAUUAAUGCAAUUCGUUAUUUUACAUGUGUUAAAAUAUUUUUAAUGGAAAUCCAUUUUAAAUAAUUAAGCGAGAUAUAGAACGUAUAUUGAGUAUAAAUUAAUAUUAAGAAUAAUAAUACAUAAUAAAAACAAAUAAACGAAUAAACAAAUAAACAAAAAAAAAAAGAGAAAAAAGAGAUAAAAGAACAAUUAUGAACGAUGAUUUUCAGUCAACCGAUUGAAGAAAAAGAAAGAAAAGGUAAAUAAGAGAGAAGAAACAAACUCAAAAAAAAAUAUAUA